AUAUAUGUUUGGUUUUUUUUUUUUUUUUUUUCUGUCUUUGAAGUUAAUGUCAUGAAAUUUAUGCGGAAAUUGUUCUAAUGAUCGAUGCUGUUUCUGCUCUAUUUAGCCUUGUAGCAGUACUUUGACGACGUUGUUGUGAAAGAAUGGUCUAGAAGACGGUGUAUAUGUUCUCAUUUCUGCACAUGGCAAGUUUUACAAUGAAGAUACAUUGCUUCCAAAGGAAUUUCUCUUUUUCUUCAUCUGCUCUGGUCCCUGUACAGCUUCCAUCUCGAAUGGAAACCCACUUUUGGUACAUUUUACCUGAUGAAGUGAAGAGUGCAACCCUCUUGAAUCAAUAUUUGGACAUUUUAUCGCCGUGUGAGAAAGAAAAUGUUCUUCGAAUGCAUGGAGACAAUCUUAAAAAGAGUGCACUGCUAGCCCGUGCAUUGGUUCGCACUACCAUUGCAAGAUAUCAGAUUAAUUCUCAAGUUAGUCCAACAUCCUUGAAGUUUAGGAAAAACAUCUACGGGAAGCCUGAGGUAGAUUGGCAAAAUCAUUAUGAUCGGAACCCACCACCAUUGCAUUUCAACAUCUCACACACUUCUUCUUUGAUAGCCUGUGGAGUGACUCUGGAUUCACCGAUUGGUAUUGAUGUGGAGGAAAAGCAGCGGACUACAAAGAACAAUAUAUUGUCGUUUGCUCGUCGGUACUUCUCCCCCCAUGAAGUGGAAUCCUUAUCUGUUAUUUCAGACCCUGAAAUUCAGCGGCAGGAAUUUUUAAAAUUAUGGACACUCAAGGAGGCAUACGUCAAAGCAUUGGGAAGGGGCUUCUCGGCUGCACCUUUCAAAAACUUCACUAUCCGGUUUAGAGCCGCUACUAAAGGACACUUGCAUCUUUCUGGGAAUUCCAAUUCCAAGGCAUCCGAAAUAAUCGUCGAAUCAUCAGAUGACCCCAAGACCCUCACAAGCAAUUGGCAGUUUGCACUCCUGGAAUUAACCGGUUCUCAUUAUGCUGCCAUUUGCAAGGAGAAGUAUGAUGACACGGUUGAAGGAAAAGGGGGUGUUCCGAUGAAAUUGACGGUGCGGAAGACCAUUCCGUUUGUCGAAGAUCAAUGUAUUUCUGGAAAGGAUGCACUUGUUCUAGUUGGCGGAUUGUAAUAUUAUUGAACAUCCUCCUUCCAAUCCCACCCCAGAAAAAAAAAAUGAAAAAGAAAAAACAGUUAAUCAGCUAUGCCAUGCUAUUCGAUUUCUUAUUAA